AUACACUCUAUAUAGAGACACAGAAGUAUAUAUAUAUCUAUAUACCUAUUAUACGCUUAUAUAUAUUACACAAAAAAGACGGAAAGAGACAGAGUCACACACACACCAAAAAAAUGUUGUCGCAGAACUUCGCUGCGGUUGAGAGCAGUAUGGAAACUUGCAGUGUUGUGGACGAGCGGAACGAACAGAAAAGAGUCGAAAGUGCUGCAAAUGUUGAAAGUAUUUCCAAGAAAACACAAGAGCCCUCCUCACAAUACUUAAAAGACCGUGAUAUCUGUUUAGCAUACUUUGAACAGUGGUGUGAACAUGACCAGGUGGAAUUUGUACAGCUACUCUGUUCCCGCAUGUGUCAUUAUCAACAUGGUCAGAUCAACACAUUCCUUAAACCUAUGUUGCAGAGAGAUUUUAUUUCGGCCUUACCUGGCAAAGGACUCGAUCACAUAGCAGAAAACAUUCUCACAUAUUUGGAUGCGAAGAGUUUAUGUUCGGCAGAACUUGUUUGUAAAGAAUGGUACCGAGUUAUAUCUGAAGGUAUGUUAUGGAAGAAAUUAAUUGAAAGAAUGGUACGGACAGACACACUGUGGAGAGGCUUGGCUGAAAGACGAGGCUGUCCUUCAAUGUGUUUCAGGGGUCAAUACUUAUUUAGACCAAAAUACUGUGAAACACCAAAAGACCACAAAUUCUACAGAUCAUUGUACCCACAGAUAAUUGAAGAUAUUGAGAGAAUUGAAAAUAACUGGAGGACGGGCCAACACACACUACAGCGGAUUCACUGUAGAAGCGAAACUAGUAAAGGAGUGUAUUGCCUUCAGUACGAUGACCAGAAGAUCGUUAGUGGCUUAAGAGACAAUACGAUUAAGAUUUACCAAUAUCCAUGUAAGGAAGAUUCGAAUAUUAAGAUCUGGGAUAAAGGUACAUUGGAGUGCGUGAAGGUGUUAACAGGACACACAGGCUCAGUGCUGUGUUUACAGUAUGACAAGAACAUUAUUAUUUCAGGUUCAAGUGAUUCGACUGUGAGAGUGUGGGAUGUGAUGACAGGGGAGAUGUUAAACACCUUGAUACACCACUGUGAAGCUGUUCUCCAUCUACGGUUUAAUGAUGGUAUCAUGGUCACUUGUUCAAAGGAUCGAUCCAUUGCUGUGUGGGACAUGAAUUCACCAGCUGAUAUCAACUUACGGAGAGUUCUGGUUGGUCAUCGGGCAGCAGUCAAUGUUGUGGACUUUGAUGAAAAAUAUAUAGUUUCUGCUUCAGGUGAUCGUACAAUAAAGGUUUGGAAUACUUCUUCUUGUGAGUUUGUUCGAACACUAAAUGGACACAAGAGAGGUAUUGCCUGCCUUCAAUACCGAGACCGUUUAGUGGUCAGUGGCAGCUCUGAUAACUCCAUCAGGUUGUGGGACAUUGAAUGUGGUGCCUGUUUAAGGGUCCUUGAAGGUCACGAAGAAUUAGUCCGUUGCAUACGGUUUGACAACAAGAGAAUUGUUAGUGGUGCUUAUGAUGGGAAAAUCAAAGUAUGGGACCUUGCUGCAGCCCUGGAUCCUCGAGCACCUGCUGGCACUUUGUGUCUUAGAACUCUUGUGGAACAUUCCGGACGUGUGUUUCGUUUACAGUUUGAUGAGUUCCAGAUAGUCAGCAGUAGUCAUGACGACACCAUCCUAAUAUGGGACUUUCUCAAUGUGUCCAUCCCGGAAGGUCAAGCCCGCUCUCCGCUCAGGACGUACACCUAUGUGUCCAAGUGAUGAUACUAUUACAACAGGUUUCCCCACCAACUGUCGCUGCUACAAUAACAACAACAGCAACAACAACAACAACUGCUACUAUUAUUAUUGUUACAACUACUAUUACCACCACCACCAUCACCACCACGACAACCACCACGUUGUAAGAUCAUCACCACUGCUUUAAAAUAUCACCAGGAACCACCUCCACCACCAUUACUACUAAUAUUAAUAUUACAACUAUUACUAUUGCUACUGCUACCACCACUAAUGCAGCUGUUACUGUUGCGACUUUGUAGUGGCAGUGGUAGUGGUGGUGGUUGUGGUGGUGGUGGUGGUUGUAGAGGUUAACAUUGUUGGAAUGUGAACUGUUAUUGCCACCACAAGCCACUUCCCUCACUUGACAUGAGGUAGCACCAAGGUUUAAACCUUAGGUGGGCUUUUGUGUGUGUGUGUGUGUGUGUGUGUGUGUGUGUUAUGGAACAAAGUAAAGUGGUUGUCCGUUUUUUUUUUUUUUUGUUUGUUUUGGUUGGAUGUGUGGUGAAACAGACCUUUCCUCUACCAAGUUGUUUGUUUAGUUGUUUACUGGGUUAUGAAAAAGUCUUUUUUCUCUGAGUAUGUACACACACACACACA